UCUGGAACGUAUUGUGUUAGCUCUUGUGUGUUCUUUGCCCGUAAUAUCUUUGAUAUAAUUUUCUUUGAUCGAAUGUGAAGAGCGUGCCCGCGAAAUGUUUGUUGGUAUACAAGGGAUACAAAAUAAAUAUCGUAAUGUCUGGGGAACAGAAUGUCACUCAAAAUGAAGGUAAUGAAGACGAUUGGUGUGUUGAUUGUUCUGACGACGAAAAGUAUGGAGUUAAACCUAACGGUGACUGGUUUAUACCACGAGAAGAUGUAAUACAAAUGUUUGAAACACUGGAUAAAGAAAAAAUCCUGAAACUACAAUGGGAGUGUCCGGGAAAGCGUGCAUUGUCUCCUUCAGGAGACGAAAUAUACAAAGAAGGCGAAGAAGAAAUGUUGGAAUCCAAGCCUGAAGAGAAAUCUGACUUUGACUUCAGUGAUGAAAUGCCGACGGUUAACCCAGGCCCACUACCAACUCGUGGUGCACAACCAAUUGGUAGUGCCAAAAAGAAAACUACGAGUCUGGAUGGUAUACUAUCAAAUAUGCGCAGGCACCGACAGAUAGCAGAAAUGGAGAAACAAACAAGAACUCCUACCAAUCCCUCCCUGACAGAUCAGCAACAAAACCAGCAGCAGCCACAGCAACAGCAACAGCAGCAGCAGCAGCAGCAACAACAACAACAGCUACAACAACAACAGACGUAGCAAUGUCAGUGACAUUUGUAAUUUUUUGGGCAUUCAAGUAAGCAGUAUUAAGCAAUUAGAUGAUUGUGACUAGAGUAAAUAUGGUAUUGUCAGGUGCAAGCCAUGUUGGUUCACUUUUGAAGAACAGUGCUCUCAGCAAUUCUUCAGUUUGUGGUUUUAUGUUAGAUUACUUGUUUAAUUUAUAGGAUGUUUCAUAAAAUUAAAAUAUAUGGUCAUCGAACAUUAAAUUUUAGUAAUAUAACUUUUGGAAUUAGUUACUACAUGUAUAAAAUUUAAGGUGCAUCAUGUGUCCAGUUUUGCUGUCUCAGAAUUACAUUCUGAAUCAUUCAAAACAAUUAAAUGAUUCUGAUGAUAUUCAUUCAGUUAAUAAGCCAUCUUAUUGGCUACCCUAUAUGGUAUCCAUAUCUUCUUAGAACGCUUUGCAACUCUUCAGAGACUGAAAGUACAUUGAUCAGGAGCAUUCAGUGUAUGCUCAAUAUGAGUAAUGAGUUGUACACUUUAACUUUGAAGUUGUUAAAUGUAUGGACUGAACAGAAGAUGGAAGUUGAUUUCGGGGGAGGAAGGGAGUAGCUGUUUAUCACUUUGGCAGUCUACAUUUUUGUUUUGUCAUUUUUUACUUUGUAUGUGAUUUUGUGUUGGUAGAUAUUAGCUCUGCUGUUUCUUUUAAUAUGCAUUUAGAAAUUAAUGACCAAGAGAAGAAAAUAGUUUUUCUUGGAAAAUAUCCAGGGUUGCAGCAAGAAUGUCUCCAUAGCAGCAGGCCACAAGAAGAUAUGGAAGUGGAAGAACACUAUGCAGUUUUAUUUCCCUGCUGGUUUAGUUAGUAAUUUACUUUCAGUUUAGUUGUGUGUCAAUAUUUAUUCUUAAAAGCUGUAUCAAUUUACUUUUUUGUCUUUGUUUACUUCUAGCAGAAGGUGUAUUUACAAGAGGAUUACAGAGAAUUUUAUUUGAUGUGGGCUAGUUUUUUAGUACAGUAAAUUUUUACAUUUUGAAGUGCAUCUCUGUAGGGUCAUGGUGUGCAUUAAGUAGAGUCUUAUAAUCCCCGUAGCAGAUAAUUGAGGUGCUACAUAAUUGAACAAAUCAUUUAGUGCAGCUAUGUCAAAAAAUGGUCUAAGAAUGCCUUCCACAGCUUCCUUCACAGCUGUGUGUUUUUAACUGAGAAGAACUGCCUCCUAUUACUUAGUAAUGAAUCAGUUGUAGCUAAGGGUGAGGUAUUUUUACCACAAAAUUCAAGUUUUGCAACCAUUUGUCAAAGGUAACUCAAUUUAGAGUUUCUCUUAAACCAUGCAACUCCAUGGAUUCUUAUUUUCAAAUACAGGCACUGCUUAGUCAGCAGUUAAAAGGCAGCAGAGGAAGUACUUUUUUGUGUCCAAACAGACUGACUACCGGAGAAAUGAUCUUGCUUUUCAAAAUAAUUGUGUAGUGUAUUGUACCUCAGGAAUUCAAAUAUUUUUGAGGCACACUUUUUUUUU